AUGUCCAUUUUCAUCCAUCCCUUGAGUCUCAUACCCUUCUCCCCGGUCCCUCGUCCACCAUCACAUGACGAAGCGAUCGGCCUCACUCCGGACUCCAUCUUUAGCUGGCUGAUUUUUUCCCUCGGCUGGCACCAUGCCGCGCUCCCCCCACCGGUGACCAGAAUGCUCCGCAAACGAUUCGAGUCGCUUCCAUUCAGGCUUCGGCGCCAGCUCAUCAGGAGCGACCUGCUCCCCCACCGCGUCCACCCCGCCGACUCAUUCGACAUCGACCACCCAAUCAUCCGCACUAUCUAUCGUCUGACCGCUGCCAUCCGAGGAAUGGCCGUCCGGAGUGCUCAUCGGGUGUUCAAGACUCCUUCCCAGAACUCGGUCGAGCGCUAUGCGGAUGAGCAUCGGCUGUGGCUGCCAGAAUCCGAGAUCAACUGGCUUCGGAUGCGACAAGACAUGCCGCAAGCCACGGAAGGCAAAUGUAUUGAUUUCCCCUUCUCGAUGCGCUUUACCCUCUGCCACCCUCAAGACCCGAUGGCCGUGGGACCAAGCAAGUCUGGGCAAAUGAGGACCAUGACCCUCGACUCCCGGGCCAACACCGAUCUUCGGGCGAAUCGCGACUCGGAGAGUGACCAAUUCAACCCGAAUGAUCCCAAGUUCGACGGCUAUUGGUCCGUCCACUUCUACCCCUACUCAGAAAGGGAGCAGAACCGGAGGAGCAACAGUGUCAGUUUCUGCCGGACCCGAAACGGACUCGACUUCGAUCUCCCCGACUCACUCCAGAGGAUCGGCCGCUCGUGGAUCGAGAACGCGUCCUGGGGCCCCAACAAUCGCGUCCUGUUCCAGAAAGAAUGCGCCGACAAGGAAAUCGGAAUCCUUCUGUGGCCAUCGUUCCCUGAUGAGCACCAUCAUCCGACACCCAGGAUACCGGUCUACCUGAACGACAUCAUACAGCUGGUCGAAGGUGAUCGGCUGUUGAUCUUUGUUGGCUCCAGGAGGGGGCUCGGAGAUGCGGUCGUCCAAAUCAACAUUACUUGCCAAUGGGCCAGCCAGCAUGAUAUCGUCCCGCGGAUAUAUGCGGACAAGAAGUAUGAAUAUCCUAACCCGUGCGAACGGUACCCAUACUGUGUUCGACGGCCCAUCAACAGACCGGCCACCGGGCUCGAUCCGCUUCCUCUUCAGGAAUUUGCGCGGCCCCAGUCGGAGUACUCGGCCAGCCAAGUGGUCGAGGACAACCCGAGACCGUCGCGCAACCGGCGGAAGGCCUCCGGGAGGAAGACCCGCCGGGCCGAGUCCGCUGAGGACUCGGCCGACCCCCAGUCGACGCUUGAAUCAACGGCAAACAACAAGCGCAAACGGAGCCAAGAAGCUCCUCAGCCUGAGCCAUCAGAGGCCCCGCCAUCGACACUCGAGUCCAUGGGUGGUACCAAGCGUAAACGCGACCACUCGCCGGGUCUUCGGCCGUCCCAGCCAGCCGAUGAGCCUCCACCAACGCAGGACUCAACGGCCACCAAACGCCCGGGUAGCCCGUCUCAAGCCGACGAGCUUGCAUCCACAUUCGCCUCGACGGCCCCGAAGCGUAAAAGCGAGUCCCCUGAGCCCGGGGCCUCCUAUCCCUCGUCCAAGCGGCAACGCCGCGCCUCGACCUUCAUCCACGCCGCCUCAUCUGGCCCAGCCGACCAACUUUCUUCCACAUCCGCCUCUCCCACGGCCACCAAACACCCCAUUCCAUCCCCUCACCCCGGGCCCUCCCAUCCCUCGUCCACGCCGCAGUGCCGCGGGCCAACCACUCUGCACGACUGA